UCCGGACGGUUAACGGAAUGAUGGCGCUGACAAGAAGGAAGAAAAGUCAAGCGCAACGAAACAGAUUUAUAUAAAAUCGUAAGAAAAACAGAGAAACUGGUGCUAAAUAACGCAAACUCAGAGAAAACGAAGAGGCCAAACAAAACCUGUUUAUAUCGAUGACAAGGUUGUUCUAAACCCAGGCCCACGCUGAUGUCAGACACGAUGGAGAAACCAGUUUUACAGACGCAGCCUUCCAUGCUGCCCUUCUUCGAUACAGACCAUGCAGUCAACCUGCUGCGAGGCAUACACGAGUUGCGCGCUGAGCGCAAGUUCUUUGACAUGACUCUGUGCGCCGAGGGCAAAGAGUUCCACUGCCACCGAACCGUCCUGGCCGCGGCCAGCACCUACUUCCGUGCCAUGUUUGCCGGCACGCUGCGCGAGAGCGCUAUGGAUCGCGUGGCACUGCACGAGAUCUCAGCUGAGCUGCUCGGCGUCCUCAUUGACUUCUGCUACACGGGCCGUGUGACGGUAACGUGCGACAAUGUGGACGUGCUGCUUAAGGCGGCGGACCUUUUUCAGUUCCCGUCAGUCAAGGAGGCGUGCUGUGCCUUUUUAGAGCAGCGACUGGAUGUGUCCAACUGCCUGGAGAUCCAGGACUUUGCGGAAGCAUACGCAUGCACCGAGCUAGCUACCAGUGCCCGCCGCUAUGCCCUUAAUAACAUUAUGGAACUGGCUAAGGGACAGGAGUUCGAGCGGCUGCCCUGGAAGCGCCUGCUGGAUUUGGUUUCGGAUGACGCUUUGUGCAUAGACAAGGAAGAAACAGCGUACCAAAUAGCGACCCGCUGGGUGAAGGCUGACCUACGGCGCAGGCUUCAGUACUGGCCUGAACUGCUUCAGCAGGUCCGUCUGCCCUUCGUUCGCCGCUUCUUUCUGCUCGCCCGGGUGGAAAGUGACCCGCUCGUCUAUUUAACGCCAGAGUGCCUGCGCUUGGUGAGCGAGGCGCGUAGCUUCCAGUCUGCCGAGUACGACCGACACGACCGUCUGUGCCAGCGCAUGCGGCCCCGUCCCUCCACUGGCCUUGCAGAGAUCCUGGUGGUUGUGGGAGGCUGCAACAAAAACUGCGACGAACUUGUCACCGUCGACUGCUUCAACCCGCAGACAGGACAGUGGAGGUACCUAGCUGAGUUUCCUGACCACCUGGGCGGAGGCUACAGCAUAGCGGCACUCGGCAACGACAUGUAUGUCACAGGUGGCUCAGACGGAUCACGCCUCUACAAUGAAGUGUGGCGGUACAACUCGAGCGUGAACGAGUGGACAGAGGUUUCGCCCAUGCUGAGGGCGCGCGAGUACCACAGUUCGUGCGUGGUGAAGGGUCAGCUGUUCGUAGUGGCUUCGGACAGCACCGAACGCUACGACCACACGAUGGACUGCUGGGAACCCAUGGCACCCAUGCUGCACCCUGUGAACAACUGCUCAACAACGGCGUGCGGCGGGCGCCUUUACGCUACCGGCUCGCUCACUGGCGACGAGACCAUGGCCAUCCAGUGCUUCGAUGCCGAUGCCAACCGCUGGUGUCUGGUCAACUGCGGACAGCUGCCACACUGGUCCAUCGCCCCCAAAUCAGUGACUCUUAAUAGGCUGAUUUACUUUAUAAGGGACGACUCAGCAGAAGUUGAUGUCUAUGAUCCACAGAAGAACGAAUGGAACAAGAUCAGUCCAAUGACCCAGGUGCACGUGGGCGGCAGCGUGGCAGUCUUGGGAGGCCGUCUGUAUGUGUCUGGUGGCUACGACAACACGUUUGAGCUGUCCGACGUGGUAGAGGUGUACGAUCCAGGCGCUCGAUCGUGGAGCCUCGCCGGCCAUCUGCCCCAGCCCACCUUCUGGCACAGCAGUGUCAGUAUAUUUCGCCAGUUCAUGCCCCUGGUGCCCAGCACGUUCGAGCCCGUCGACAUACCCGAGGCCAACGACAUUUACCUGCACCGACACCAUCGGCACCACCAGGCCCUCAACCAGUUCAACAACGAGUUAAAUGAGAACCACCGCAACCGGGAGGUGAACCCUGCACGCUAGGGUCAUUGAGGAACUCGAUUCUGCUAUGCUACAGAUGCACUUUACGACAGAUUCACCUCAGCUGAGAGUGAGAGACGUGUACGGACAGUUCUUUACUCUUUUUCAUUUUGUAAUGUAAAUUUAGCAUUAGCUCCAGGCCUGGGUCGGUUGUAUAUGGUAUUUUGCUUGCACUGCCAGUAUUCUCCUCAGUCAAUAGAAAUAAAUUGUAGCCAUGGAGUGGGUAGAAAUGAUCCCUCUAAAGAAAACUGUAGAGUCUUCAUGAUGCCAACAUUUCGUUAAACACUAUUUGGACUGGACUAGCAUAUCAGGAGGAUUCAGGCUAAUUUUGGCUUUCCCAUGUGCCCCUCUGAUUUGAUUUAAUUUGGUUGCAAUUCAGUUGCAAACCAGAUCCCCAUAUGUGGUCAGUGCAUAACCUCACAAUUGCUUUUUUGUCUAUAUUGUCACAAAUUCCCACACACUAGAAUAUUGUGGAAAGCUUUUCAAGAGGGUAGAAGAUUGUUGUAGCUAUAAAGAGGUAAACUUGGGAUGUCCGAUGUACUUAUUAUUGACUUUUUAAUGCAGAUUCUUGUACAUUCAUUGUUACCACACAUGUGGCAUCAGGUGAUGGGUUGGAUUGUGCAGUGAAUGUGUUUCACCAAAUGUGGAAAACACUGGAGAAAUGUAAAGCUUUUAUAAGCAUGGAUGAUUAUACAGGAAAAGGGGGAAAAUCACAAACUUUUGCUCUGGUGGAUGCCAGGCCAAACUGUUUCUGUGGACUUGUAUUAUUGUUUUCUAAAUAGCUGAAAUGGUUUGAAAUAUGCAGGAGGCGAUUGGGUGAGCUGAGACCCGACAAAUCUGUCAGCCGGCUGGGCAUCUACACAGACAUGAUUGGCUGUGUUUGGAGCCCUGCAACGGAUUGGUGGCCAGUGUCCACUCAAGUGUUUCGCAGUGAAACCGGACCAGCCGUGACCCAGACCAGGACAAAGCACUCGAUGAAAAUGAAAUGAAAGAAUAUAUUAGAUCAUCUAUUAUGCAUGAAGUACUGACAUGGUUAUAUAAUAAAAAUAAGUCCUUAUCGUUUUUAUGUUUUUUAGCAAGUGUAUUUAUUGUUCAUUUUUACUGAAGGUGUGAAAAUUCUUUCUGAAGGAGCUACUUCAAAUUUCCGUCCAUCUUUCAGUUUGCUGUGUAGAAACUGGGCUAGAGCAGAACUUGGUUUGAUAAUACUUUUGAAUAUUUUAAUCGAUGCUAUGCAGAAAUGGUACUUGUUACUUUGUUUUUCUUACAUAAAUGGAAGUUUAGUUUGUAGUCAAUAUAAUUUUACUAUCUUGUUUUGUGUGUUGAUUUAUCCCUGUGUGUGCGAUGUCUGUACUUGUGAUUUUAAAAUAAACUGCCAGCAGGGCCUUGGUUUAUUGGCU